AUGUUGCGCAACCGAGUAUUCACCGCUCUGCAAAAGACGUACGAUGAAAGCUACUUGAGCUGCUCCACUGCGGUGUACUAUGAGAGUCAGGGAGAUGAAGCCGAGGCCCUUAGGCACUGGCGCAAUGCCCUCGCCCUCAUAUAUGAACACAACGCAACUAAAGCGAUCCCCGGCUAUGGGCCACAGACCGAUACCGAAAAGGCUCUUGUCGACGCCUUGAAAGAAUUGGAGCUUCAAUGCAAGGAGAGACUCGAUCUUUUAGAAGCCUUGAAAGCGUCAAGGGAAGACGAAGCUGGCUCCGAUACGGGAGGGAAAUGGUCAAAAACACCGAGUCCGUUCGAUUCACCCACUAGAUCAAAGGGCUCAAUAGGCAGUGGCACAAUUCCCGCCGUUACUUAUUCUGAGUUAUCACGUCCCGCAGUUCCUCCGCGGCCUCCAUUGCCGAUACGCACAGUAUCUGAGACUCCGCAGUCCGGAGAGAGCUCACAGACCAACAAUGCUACAUUUUCUGCCCGACAAAAUUCCAGGCCGCCGGCGCUUAGCGUGCCACCAAAGUCGGAACGAACAUAUCGAUCACCCAGUCCCGAAAAGCAUACAAUGCGCACUACGCUGCGCUCCUCUAAGCUCGGUGAAAAGGGGCCAGCGCCGCCGCGAAAAUCAUCGCGGCCCGCGGCUGAAGGGCCAAGCAAGGCGGCGACGCUAGCUUGGAGCGCUCUCGGAUCGAGAGAUCGUCAUCAGCGGACACCGCCCUCCGAAAACCCUUCUUCGACGUCCACCAGCAACUCUAAAAAGGCUGCAGAGCAUCUGUUCAAGCAAAGAUCAACGCCGACACAAUGGGACAGCCACUCGAGAAGACUCGUGCAACCAAAGGACAUUGACGGCUCUACAAAUGGUCAAUUAACCGGGGCCCGACAUUCUGAUGAAUACCCGUACACAAACCCGUCUUUUCUGUCUGUGAGUGCGGCGUCUAGUGCACUUAACUCAACAACUCAACUGGAAUCACAAUCAAUGGAGAGUGCUUCGUCCCGUCUGGAGCGUCAUCAGCCCUCUCGGUCACCGGCCAAGCAGCACAGAGAGGAACGUUCCAACGGAUCGGGAACGGCAGAUGAGUCUGGAGAGUUGUCAGAAAGACGAAGCGCACCCGACGCCCCCACCCGGCGGAAAGCAGCAGCGAUCCGAUCCGAUGUGGCCACAAUGAUGCAGAACACUGUCAGUGCUGAACAAGCAACAAGGAAUCGCAGGCGGGAUCGGCCUAAGGCAAGGCAUGUAUCCGUAUCCAGCACUUCGGGUGAUGAUCUAGACGGUCGGAUUGCAAGACCACACCACAGUACUCCCACAAAUCGCAGCACUGGUACGCACUCGGGUGCCACACAUAACAAGUCAAAACCUGCGAAGCGCAACCAGAACAAUGACGACCCUGUCAAUAUUGACAAUACGAGCAACUCGGAGGAGGAAACCGAGGAUAGUGUCGCUGAUAAGGCAUGGAAAAAGAAGAAGGCCUUAAUUUUGAAAAAUCUCCCUCCUGGUGUCGAUGAAGGCGCAGCAAAGCAGAUUUUGAACGACAUCGUCGUGAAAGGCGAUGAAGUACGCUGGGGCGAUAUUGCCGGGCUCGAAAUAGCAAAGAACGCUUUGAGAGAGACCGUUGUAUACCCAUUCUUACGUCCCGAUCUGUUCAUGGGUCUGCGAGAACCGGCUCGAGGAAUGCUUCUUUUCGGCCCUCCAGGAACAGGGAAAACCAUGCUUGCCAGGGCGGUGGCUACCGAAUCACGAUCUACAUUCUUUUCCAUUUCGGCAAGCAGCUUAACCAGCAAGUAUUUAGGGGAGUCAGAGAAGUUGGUUCGCGCUCUUUUUGGCCUGGCUCGCUCUCUCGCGCCGAGUAUCAUUUUCGUGGAUGAAAUCGAUUCGCUUCUCUCCCAACGCUCUGGCUCAGGUGAGCACGAAGCGACUCGUCGCAUUAAAACAGAGUUUCUCAUCCAAUGGAGCGACCUUCAAAGGGCCGCAGUUGGUCGUGAAACGACGGAACGGGACAAAGAACGGGGGGAUGCAAACCGAGUCCUUGUCUUGGCUGCAACCAACUUGCCAUGGGCCAUUGACGAGGCCGCAAGGCGCCGCUUUGUAAGGAGACAAUACAUUCCCUUGCCUGAACCAACUACGAGGGAAACACAAAUACGCACACUACUGGGUCAGCAGAAACAUAGUUUGUCACCUAGCGACGUGCAGAGGCUGGUUGACUUGACUGAUGGUUUCUCGGGGUCAGAUAUCACAGCGCUCGCGAAGGAUGCGGCCAUGGGCCCACUACGGUCUCUCGGCGAGGCCUUACUUCAUAUGACCAUGGACGAAAUACGGCCAAUUGGCUUAGUAGAUUUUGAGGCAAGUCUCCGUACCAUCAGGCCCAGUGUAAGCAAAUCGGGACUGAAAGAGUACGAGGAUUGGGCACAGGAGUUUGGAGAGCGCGGCGGAUAG